AAAAACAAACUCCGGUAUCCGGAAAUUAACGAUCCCGUGAUGUUAGGGGCGUGCUAGCCUAGCAUCGGAAUGACUAAAGCGGCUUGCUCGGUUUGAAAACUAAAAACUUGUCCAGCUGUUGUUGUCAGCUCGAGGUCGAAGCUCCGUCACCGUCUACCUGACAUGAGGUCAGCGGGGUCUGUCGGAGGGUGUAUCCCUCCGCACCAGCGGCGUUAACACACGGGAUGUGAAAGCCUCUUCUCACGGGACCGACCUAACGGGAUGCCGCUCGGUUAGCUCAGAUUUAUGCGAGCUCGUUGUCAAAGUUGGAGAGUUAUGGCGCGGUUGGUGUUGGAGCAAUUGUCAGAUUUCGGGGACUAUAGCGGCGGUAAAGGGCUGACCGGCGACCAGCUCACGGACAGUCUGUCAGACGUCCGCCUGAGCCCAGAUGGACGUCACAUCCAUGUCAUCCUCCGCAAACCUAAGGUCGGUCUUGUGACUUUUGACAAGCACGAAAGACCCCAGCUGUCCCAGAACCAGAAGAAACUGGAUUUGUGUUUGACAAGAACUGUGCCUAUUGUGGAUAUUUUAUAUCUGGACCAUAAUAAUAAUAAUAAUAACAGCAGCAGUAGUAGUAGUAGAGAUGCAGCAGCAGUGGCAGUGGUGUAUGAGGAUGGAAAAGCUGAGUUUUGGAGAUUUCAGGAGUGCAAAGCAGGCUGGCAUCUCCUGCAAACAUCAGACUUGUGCAACAGCCCCCGAGCAAGAGUGGUGUCCGUGUGCGUCUGUGACAAUCUUAUCAUCUGGUGUGAGGAGAGGCCGCCCUCAGAGAGCUCCCCUGCCUUCAGCUCCACAAGGAAUAAGCUGAGAUACUGUGUUUGCAGACGUGACUUUGAGGUGGAGGAGGGGGCCGUCAGCAUGGGGGGAGUGAAAAUCUCCCUCCACAACAAUCCUAAAUUCACCGUGGUCAGCUCGGGUGAAUACGUGCAUCUUCUCCCUGACUUGAAAGUGAAGCCGCCGUUGAGCAUCUCCAGUUUUUUUCUCUCCUGGUCCCUCCGCCAUGACUCCUUCACAAUCAGCACCACGUGUAAGAACGCUCCCUUAAAAAGGCUUUCGUCUAAAGAGUCCGACUUUAAGAAGCUGCUGACGGACUGUUUGGGAUAUUUAUCCACUCUGGAACCUCCUCAGAUCUACGACUUUUCCCCGACAGCCUGUGGAGGCCUGCUGCUGCUCCUCAGCACGGGCUGGGUGUGUCUUCUCCAGAAAGACGGGAUGCUGCGGCAGGUGUACAAACUGGCGGACAACUGCUUGGUAAAAGUCGGUGCUCACACUAGCCUCAGCCUGUACGAGAACACCCUGGCGCUGCUGGUGGGACAAAACUUGCAUCUGAUUGACGUGAACUGUGGCAGGGAGCUGGCAAAGAUCGCGCUGAAGAGAGAGGGGUUGCUAUAUGUGAACCGGGCUGAAAGACAAACGCCUCACGUGCUCUCAGAAACUGGAGUUUUUGUGGUAGUGAACAAGGAGACGGACUACAGAGACUGCAACUCUAAGAUGAAGCCUCCUGGUUGCACUGCAGUGGAGAGUAUUCAUCCUGGUGCCCUCCUGGUAGAGGCGGUCUUUGAGGAGGCCUGUAAAUACUACCAGCAGAGGAGCCUGAGCAGCACCCAGCUCACUGUGGACGCCCUAAAGAAAGGAGGGAGAUUCCAGGCCCCCAUCUCUUUAGCCUCCAUCCUCAGGAACUACCUCAGCACGGGGUCGGGGCAGAAAGGAGCAGAGCUGUCCAAGAACGGAGGAGUUGGAUGUACAGCAGGGCAAGAUAAGUUAAUGUGCUCUCUGGAGGCUGAGCUCAAGGCUCUGGUCUCUCUGGAGGAGGUGAAGGGCAGUUUAGUGAGGGGAAGUGUGAAAGAGGUGGAGGCGGCGUGUGAUAGUCUAGUUGAGAAAGAGGUAACUAGGUUGCUGUCGUCCUCGGAGCUGGAUAAAGAGGCUCUGCUUUACCUCAACUCUAUCUUCAACACCUUCCCCCACCAGGGGUGGAGGGCGGUGCAGGCUGCCCUUCAGCUACACUACAACGGGGAGGGCUCUCUGUCCAGCAGGGCUCCCCCUGACAUUUGGAAAACUGUCCUCAGUCCUGUUGUCACACCCAGCACCCAAGCAAGCUCCCUCACAUUCACAAACGGAAGGCCAAAACAUAAUCACAGCCUCAAAGGCGAUCACAUCGCCAACUGCAAAACCAAACCUACAAGCUCCGUUCCCCCAGCAGCCCUGCCCGUGUUUGAGCUCCUCUGCCACUCGGUUUUCCACUUCCAGCCCAGCUGGCUGCCCCAGUUCCUCGAGCUUGCACAACAGCGGCAAGGCUCAGCCGGCCUGGGCCUGAGUCUGGCCUCUUCGUCCUGGAGCUUCUCAGGUGGGCGAGGAGGUGAGGGCGGGGAGAAGAAUGUGCCGCUCUACAAACGAGCCCUGUGCGUCUUGUCCAGCCUGAGCCCAGACAGAGACCAGCAUCAGGACCUGGAGGUGGAGCUGCUGCUGGUCAGUGGACGGCCCAACGCCAUCCUCCAAGCACUGAGGAUCCUCAUGGCUAAACAGCAGUGGGAGCGGGUCACGCAAGUGGCCCAGAAGUUCUGCAAGCAGAGUCCACUGCUCAACAAGGAGAUUUUCACUACUCUGCUGUGUGAGGUGGCCCAGCACAGAGACCUGGACCCCUACCUGGAGCUGCUGUGGGUGCUGUGCCCAGAGGACCUCACUGUCACCACUAUUCUCAACUUAGUGCUGAAAAACCUCCCGUCUCCUAACACCUCCUCUUCAUCCUCAACCUCCUCCUCCUCCUCCUUCUGCACGUCCAGCACAGUCUCCUCACCCCCUGCUCCCUUUGCAGACUCCCAGAGCAGCCAGUUGACCAUCGGGCUGUUGAAACCUCUGCUGAGAAAAGUCCUUCAGAGGGAGACCAAGCCUAGCCAGCGUUACGCCGACAUCCUGCAAUCGCCAUCGUUCCCCCCUCCUGCACCUCCUCGCCAGCCGAGGGCCGUCACAGAUCCCAGCACAGACUCAGGCGUAGAAACACCUGAACAGCGGUUGUCUACACACACAGCUGUCCCACAGACCAGGGUGGCACUACCUGCUAACCCAGUGUGAUUGAACAAACGCUCAGAAUAGAGAAUAAAACCUCAAUGCACGAAAUUUAGAAGCUGUGUGCGUGUGUGUCGACAAUCAAACAGAAUAAUAUCAGUAUCUUAAGGUAGCAUCAGUGUGGUGAGGUUAAUUGUGGUAUUUGAUGGUGUUUUUAAAAGAAAGGGGUAAUGUCGGAUAAAGUAUGACUACUAGAAACUAUGAAACGACUACUGAAGAUCUUACCAGUGUAAAUACUGCGGGUAAUUUUAAGUCUUAAUGUGUAUAUAAUGUAUCUGCAUUGUUAUUUAUCUCUUAAGCCUUAACAGCAUGUGGAUGAGAAUGUCAUUGCAUUGAAUAAGCUUCGCCUUUAUCAGAAUAGCAUCAGUAAGUGACAGUAUAUUGUGUUAACGCGCAAUAUAUGUAUAUCUGUUCGGUCAAAAUCAAAGCCACUAACUCCCGUUUUUGGGGUUCAUCGUAUCUGUAUGCGUAGAACAUUCUGUGUCUUUGCCUUUAGAGUAAGAAGUCUGCUAAUUGUAGCCAAGUAUAGCUGCCUUUAAGUCGUUGAUGUCAAAGUGUUUUCGUGCAGUGGGUAAUCCACUGAUCCUUAUCCAGACAAGCUGGCCUGUGUUUGAAUGUUUGUUUUAAGUGUGAUAUGGUUUCAAAGAGGAGGAGGAGGAGGAGGAGGAAGCGGAGGGAGGGGGUGUCAAAGGUUCCUUUACUGACUUCUUGUUUUGUACUUAACAUGUUAUGUCUAAGUGCUUAAAUAUUAACUAUGUAUAGGUUUCUAUGGGAUCAACCAGACCAUGUAACGUCUGUAAACCAAACUUAAAACCGCCCUUUGCUCCCAUUUUCCCCAUACGUCUCACUGGACUCCAUCUUGUCCUCGCAGCUCGACUCACAGGACAUUCCAGACCAAAUACCCAGUAAAAGUGACUCACAGUUCGACUUGAAAUUCAAUUUCGGAAGUAAUUCUGUUAGUAUCCCAGUGUGGGUUGGGCACAUUGUGACUAACAUAGGCGCCCUGCUGCUUGCACAAGGUCCUGUACAUCUCCCUUCAUGGACCCAGGGAGGAUAAUGUUAUUAGAGAUGUUAGGCUCUCUGUAUUCUUGUCCCUGUUAGUUUUUUCCAUGCUCUGAAACUGAUUGCACUUUUAUAUAUCACCCCAGUCAGUAUUGUUUAUACCAUGCCAUUGAUGCAUCUGUUUAGAUGAAUGUUUUCUGAUUAGAGUGCUGCAAACAAAAGUAUACUUAAGUGCCGGUUGUCUUGAUGCCUUCGUUAAUGCUUUCUGUUGGAGCAGCCUGUAUAAUUUGUUAAAGUGUUUUUGGGGGUUUUUUGUGCGUAAUGUGGAGCCCUCUAAAACAAAAUGAGAUUGCAGCAAUCUUUGUAAGACAGCUGAAAUGAUAACCCGUGUCUGGGUGAAGCAGAGAGAAGAGAAACUCUUGUGACAUGCCAUUAGUGCUGAGUGACAAUCAGACUCCAAAAUGCUGCAGAACGAUCAGAGUGCCUUUCACAGACCCGCUCUUCAUUUACAGGGUAGUGUCACAUUCCUGCUGCCUCUACAGAGGCAGAUGAGAGGAUACGUUCUGAGUUUGUACUGUUGUUUUUUUAUUGUUUUAUGUGGCUAACAGAACUUGUCCUGCACAAUCAGAGGCCAUUUUAAUAACAUUUUAAUUUCAGUAUCAAACACAGCUGACUUCUCACUCUGAUUGGUAUAUUAAUAUUGUCAAUCCAAGCUCUGUACACUUGAACAAGCACAACAUAAUCUGCAAACGAUCAGUUUGCUGUUCCAGAGUCACUGGGAACUCCCUGACUUCCCCAGACAGGCCACUCAGCCUGAUAUUAAUCUAACUUUGCUUUUGGUUUCGGUUAACAAAUAGGAAAUGCUCCUGGACUUUGUUAACUUUUGGUGAUGCUGUCCUUUUUGAAGCAGUAUUUCAAAAAAAGACAAGAUGUAUACAAGUAUUUAUGAACAGAUGCUGUAUGCCAUUAAACUGAAGAUGAAACUUCUGUUUGCUCACCCCGAGUUUUACUUGUGAAGUUAUUUCGAAUUUGUUGUGGUGUUGUUUUUAAUUGGAUUACAUCGUGUUCCUGUGACAUCCCUCCCUGAUACAUGUCAAAUAACGAUACAUGUAUCUGUCAGCUAACUUGUCUACCAGUGUCACCUAUGUGCCAAGUUCCCACAGAUAGCUGUAUUUCUGGUUUGUUCAGCUCUAUCAGCGUAUUCCAUUCACCCAAUGCACAACAACAGGUCUAGCUGACAGAUCACGCACUAUUCAAAGUGAAACAACUAAAAUGUCAAGGCCAGUGUACUCUUUUAUGUUUAUUCAUUCAGUUUUUUUGUUUUUUUUUACAGCAGAAUCAGUCAAACUUGAACAAAAGCGCUGAUAUAAGAGCUUAGUUAUGCCAAUAUUUGAGGUCUUGUUCACACAGUUCAUUCAUAUGAUCCACUGCCCCAUUUCUGAGUUCCACCAUGACCUUUCCACAGACAAAUCUACUUAGAGCUGCAGCGUUACGUGUGUGUAUGCGAUGCAGUGCAUGGAUUUGAGUGUGUAAAUGCACUAAUGUUUCAUGCUCAGGGCCCAUAAAGAGGAA